AUGGCAGUUCAGGGGGUGAGUGCAGCCAUGGCAGGUGGGGUUUCGGCUUUGAUGGCGAUGCCACUUGAUACAAUCAAGACAAGGUUACAGGUUUUUGAUGGAGAUGAGAAUAAUAAUGGGCGUAAAGGGGUACCAAUAAUGCGACAAACUGUUCGGAAUUUGGUAAGAGAAGGUGGAUGGAUGGCUUGUUACAGAGGACUUGGACCUCGCUGGGCUUCCAUGUUAAUGUCAGCAACCACCAUGAUCACUACCUACGAGUUUCUCAAACGCCUUUCGGCCAAGACUCAAGAGGGAGAGGGAGGUUUGAAUUGGUUGAGCUCCGGCGAGCGGUCAAGAUGGUGUGGUACUCUUUAUAUAGGGAAUGUAGUAGGUGAAGUGAAGUGGUAG